AUGAAGGAGGGUAUGUCAGGCUUUUAUAUUAGAUCAGGAAAUGUGGGUGGUAAUAAAAGUGGGAACACAAGUGGCACUAAGUGUGGGCGUUGGAAUCCCACCACUGAACAAGUUAAACUUCUCACUGAACUCUUCAGGUCAGGGCUCCGCACCCCAAGCACUGAUCAGAUUCAAAAGAUCUCCACUCAGCUAAGCUUUUAUGGUAAGAUAGAGAGCAAAAAUGUGUUCUAUUGGUUUCAGAACCAUAAGGCUAGGGAAAGACAGAAGCGCCGUAAGGUCUCCUUUUAUGAGAAGGAUGUGAUUCCUAGAGAAAAUUUUAUGAAUGCUUCUACACAAAAGAUGUAUCAAGUUUCGGAGCCAGAUAGGGUGAUUGAGACUCUUCAACUCUUCCCCUUAAACUCCUUUGGUGAAUCAGAAUCAGAGAAGCUGGAGUACUUGCAUGCAGAUGAAUGUGGGGGUAGUAAUUCAAUGUUUUCAUACACAUUGGGAGAACAAAUGGAGCACCCACCAUUAGACCUGCGCUUGAACUUUGUGUAA